AUGUCGCGCCACCACCCGGAUCUAGUAAUGUGCCGCAAGCAAUCCGGGAUAAGCAUCGGGCGACUCUGCGACAAAUGCGACGGCAAGUGUCCCGUGUGCGACUCGUACGUGCGGCCGACGACGCUGGCGCGCAUCUGCGACGAGUGCUCCUUUGGCAACUACCAGAACAAGUGCGUCGUGUGCGGCGGCGAGGGGAUAAGCGAUGCGUUUUACUGCUUCGAGUGCACGCGCCUCGAGAAGGAUAGGGAUGGGUGUCCUAAGAUUGUUAAUCUGGGGAGUAGUCGUACGGAUUUGUUUUAUCAGAAGAAGAAUUUUAGGAAUCAUUGA